ACCUGCAUGCUUCCGAAUCGCGUUCACUUCGCUUCAUUACGACUUUGCCGGCCUCACUUUUCUACUUACGUUGCUGUCCGGAACUCUGAACGAUCAGAUAAUGCCUCCUCCGCUAAUCUGGUAGGGAGUGCAAAGUUGUUUGCUGAUGCAGCUUUGGAGGAGGAACAGCCUGGUCCUUCAGCAACAUCUAAGCGACUCCAGGAUAUCCUCGCGGAGCAACCCAAUUGGACCGGAGAUGAACGUAUAGAAGAUACUGUUCUCCGAAUGCUUGUUGACAAAUACAAGCCAUUGCGAAGCGGAACCAUCCAAACCGCUGAGCAGAAGAUGAAGAAGGCGCCUUCCAAGAUCCCCCAAUAUCAUGAGGAUUCGCCUCCCUUACAUUCCUCAGUUGCAGACGGCGCCGCAACUUACAAGCCGUUCGUUCCGCCCGGCAGUUCGUGGGCUUCUGUUCCUCUUCUGCCACCGGGUCCACCGGACCAUCGCCCCUGGCACACCGAAUACAAGAUCCCAGACCAUGCACAAGUGUCCGUUCGCGUCGGUCGCUUCCCAAUGAAGACGUCUGCCCAGCAUACUGGAGCUUCAGCGAUCGGCGGAGACGAGCAGACUCGGCGCGCCGAAAAGGAGCUCCAUCGCAAGCUCGGCAGGUUAAACCGCGCACGAGAGUCAUCACUGGACUACCGUCUGGGUUUGGGAAAUACCAAUAAACACCAUGCACCCUCCCAGAUCAAUCCCGUCAGUAUGAAGGGUUGGACUAACCUCGUCGAAGAUAGAAUAGAGAAAGCUCGGCGUGCGGGCUUGUUUACGAAGGUCAAGGGCCGUGGAAAACCACUGGAGCGCAUUGCGGAGGAGCAUAAUCCCUUCAUCGCUCGUGAAGAGUACCUCAUGAAUAGAAUCGUGAAGCGGAAUGGUGCAGCGCCGCCAUGGGUCCAGUUGCAAGGUGAAUUGGACGCCUCGCUGAGCACCUUCCGGCAUCUAUUGUUAGAUGGCUGGACUCGUCACGCCAUCAGAGCAUUGACGAUCUCUGCCCCGCUUCCCGAACUUGAAGCCAUCCGCAGGUUCAGGGAUCCGCGAUGGUCUGCGAAAGAAAGCACAUUCCACACUGCGGCACUGGCUGAAGUCAAUGACAAAGUGCGGCGGUACAAUGCCCUUGCUCCCUACGCAGUUCGCAGAACGCUUCACGUCUUGGAUGCGGAGUUGGCAUCUGUGUACAUCAAGGGAGAGGUUGAAAUUCCACGCAUGCUUGAGGAACGCGCUAGGGCGAGGCCUCUUACAAAACAAGCCGUGGAUGUUCCGAGUCUUAGUCUCCAGUUCCAAAUGAACUGGAUGAAAAGACUCCGUCAGUUUCUUAUGACGUUGCUGCAGCGCCUAGAACACACCGUUCGACGGUCGUGACGCUCUGCUGUGUACUUAUAGUCGUCUACUGCUUUGUAACCACUGGCGUGUACACUAAAUCUAACCUGGCCACUGCUCCAUAUAUCUCUCAAAUUCCUGUUCGGUUGGCAGUUGAUUGUAGAACCAUUUGUCCAUCUUCCUGCGCUGUCUCAUUGAAGGAUACCGGGGCUUUCCUGGCCCGUUCAACAGACAGAGCAAUGCAGCAGCAAAAGAGGGCGACUCUGGCGUCUGUAGAACAUCAAACGAGUGCCAAAAGGGACACAACACACAACACACAUACAUGUGAAUUCCAUACCCAGUUUCCAUCUGCUGUCGGAUUCGCUAGAAAAGAACCAGGGACCGGUGCUGAAAUCGUGGAGAACUGGGGCAGAAGCUCUAGACGAGAGCGGAUCUCCAUGACACGGAUUCCGACUUCAUGAGGGAUGUAGGGAUUCCCGGUCAACUCCAAUGACACGAUCAAUUGACC